UUUUUUUUGAUUUAAUUAAGAGAAAAGUUAUGAAUAAUAAUUGUGAUGUUCUGAAUAUCUUAAAAAGGGGAUCAAAUUUUGAGAACUUUAUUUUACUAGUCUAUGACUAUCACAAUUUAUCUAAAUUUAAGCUCCCAAAUUCUAAUCAUUUGUAACCCUACAUUGGCAGCUUCGAAAUUGCAGCUCGGAUUCCCCAAGUCCUGGAGUUUCAAACGGACACCAGUCCCCGGCUCGUUCACUGGAGCACCAUUCCAACAUCUGCUCCGCAAUCCGGUGUGACAUUUUCUCGACGCCGGACUAGGUUCUGCAUCUUCUUCACCGUUCGAGAGCAUGGCAUUGAGACCGCCGAGUUUACUCGCUACCGUCAGAUCUGAAGCCAUGAAUCCCAACGGCUUGCGGAAUCCAAACCCAGGUCCUCUGCCCCGCCUUUCCAUCUCAAAGCCAUCAUGGGUUGUCAAAAGUGAGUCAAAUGUUCAUAAGGAAGGAAGAAGGAGGCCAGAUCCACCUUGUGUGGUCUGUGAAGGGAGUGGAAGAGUUGAUUGCCACCAUUGCUGUGGAAAAGGCAGGACGAAUGGUAUAAAUUUAGAAAUGCUCCCUAGAGGGGAAUGGCCAAAAUGGUGUAGGACUUGUGGUGGAAGCGGCCUUGGCAACUGUAGUCGCUGCCUUGGAACUGGGGAAUACAGGUACAUAAUGGGUUUCCAUUUCAUGAAGAUUGAUUCCAAUCACGACCAAGAUCAGAAGCCGCAGCAGGUCAAAGGUAAUUCAGGGUGUCAUAGCGCAGCUGACUUGCUUAUAAAUGGGGACCAAUCAGUUUGAACUGUGAUAUUUGAAGAUCAUUAGCAUUGGAUUCCCAAAUCCGUUUCCAGAAGCAGUGGGGUAUCAUCCUAUACUUAAAUCAGAGAUCACAGUUCCAUUACAAAUUGCGGAUUGGGAUCUGAUAAAAACUGGACAAAGUAAUUGUCGCUGUAAAUGUUACUUGCACCAAGCAGAAAUGAUUGUCUAGAACAUGGAAGGAAUAAUGUUCUAUGUUUGCAUUAUAAGAGAGUAAGCAUUAUAAGAGAGUAACUGUCAACAUGUUUUCCACCUAUCUGUAUAAUAACAAUUCUAGUUUUAGCAUUUCUUUGCAAUACAGCAUCCUUUAAUUCUA